AUGAGGGAGGCCAUUUUACUGAUAGAAGUCUGUGUGUUUGUAGCUGAUGUUUGCGCAUACAAAAAGCCCUGUCAGAAUGGGGGUGAAUGUAGCAGCCUUGGUGACAACUACACCUGUUCUUGUGUUGAAGGAUUCCAGGGGAAAAAUUGCGAAAAUGAUAUCAACGAAUGUAUAACUUUACAUCCAUGCCAAAAUGGCGGACAGUGCACAAACACACAAGGCGGCUACGAAUGCAAAUGCAAACCUGGGUUUAUAGGAACAAAUUGUGAAAAAGCUUCCAUUGCACCAGAUCCUGUGGCCGUCUAUCCUCUAAACAGCAAGUAUCUAUCAAGAGAAAUUAGAGAUCGACUCUCCCCAGGUAUCCUCAGCCAUGUGUCUCUGGCACCUGGAAUCGAUGGAAAGGAAGGCGGCUCCUACCAAUUCGCAGGAAACAUCGGCAGUUACAUUGAGUUUCCGAAUAAUGGAGGAUUAGACGUAAAGCACUCCAUUACGAUUUUAUGUUGGGUGUAUCCUCAGAAUAGAGAUGGUCCUCUCUUCCAGUACGGCGGUACCCAUCGUUGGGGUGUUCACAUGUGGAUAGGGCAAGGAACGUUGUUUGUAAGAUUCUCACGCAGGAACUACCAAUCCACAAGGCAUCUGCUUUACAAGCCUAUGGCUUUGGCUUUUAACCAGUGGCAUUACGUGGGUAGCUCGUAUGACUUCAUUUCCGGUGAGGCAAAUUUGUGGUUAAAUGGACAAUCGGUGGUAAAGAUGAAUAUUGGAAAAGAGAUUGAACUUGCCACUCAAGAUGAAGUUCGAAUUGGUGCUAUCAACAUGGAUAGACGGUACUUUCAGGGACGAGUCACUGCCGUACAACUUUAUGACGUGGCCCUGAACGCUGAGCAAAUAAAGGCCGUGAUAGGCGUUGGUCAUGGCGCUGAUGUUUGCGCAGACAAAAAGCCUUGUCAGAAUGGGGGUGAAUGUAGCAGCUCUGGUGACAGCUACACCUGUUCUUGUGUUGAAGGAUUCCAGGGGAAAAAUUGCGAAAAUGCCUAUAUUUCUCGCUGCGUGGUUAAAGUGACUAGAAUUCCCCAAACUGCUCGCCGAGAAGGAAAAGUUGGCAUGUUUUUGCUUCAAGAAAAUUGCGAGAAACUAACUGGAUCUUCACUUCACUAUAAAGAUACACAGAGACACAGGGCAGCCCAUAAUUGA